AUGGCUCGUAAACUUAAACAUCAUGAAUCCAAACUACUUAAGAAAGUUGAUUUCUAUGAUUGGAAACAAGAUCAAAACCACAGGGAUACACAGGUGAUGGGUACGUAUCACAUUCAAAAUAGAGAAGAUUAUCAUAAAUAUAAUCGUAUCUGUGGUGACAUACGUAAAUUAGCUCAUAAAUUAUCUUUAUUACCACCAACAGAUCCAUUUCGUCAUAAACAAGAAAAAUUACUAUUAGAGAAACUAUAUAACAUGGGAAUAUUAUCCACAAAAUCCAAGAUAUCUGAUUUGGAAAAUAAAGUUACAGUGAGCGCAAUGUGUAGACGUCGGUUAUCUGUUAUAUUGCAUAGAUUAAAGAUGGCUGAAACGAUUGCUGAUGCAGUUAAAUAUAUCGAACAAGGUCAUAUUAGAGUUGGCCCAAAUUUAAUUAAUGAUCCUGCAUAUAUGGUAACUCGUAAUAUGGAAGAUUAUGUUACAUGGGUUGAUAAUUCAAAGAUCAAACGUACUGUAAUGAAAUAUAGAAAUGCUAUUGAUGAUUUCGAUUUGGCAUAA